GCAGCACAGAUCACUGUAGUCCCUUUGUAUGCGCAGCAGUGCCCAACUGCAGUCUAUACCGCUCGUUCUUACACAAGAAUUAUGAGUAAAAGACGAAAAGUUGGACUUUGACAUGAAAUGGCUCGCUCGCGCCGCGCCACUCCCUAAAAUGAACGAGGAGAGCACAAGUAAGCGCACGAGGAAUCCCUGUGCAUAAGUCGAUGGAUAUUUUGCAUCUUGAAAACAACUCGGGAAGGUUGUUUUUUUUUUUUGUUUGUUUUUUAAUGCAUGCUUUGAUGCAUCAAUGCCUUGAGUGAAACGAAAUGCGUGAAUGCCUUUAGCACAGUAAUGCAUGGGCAUGCUUUGAUCAUCCACCUAGAGAGGAACCUAUUGCUGAAGCAUGUCACUGCAGACACCCCGCGCUUGCUUGAAGGGGUUAAAACACUGAUCACAGCCGGUGUGAUGUGUUUUUCAUGGGUGCAUGAGCUUGGAAUCUGAAUAUGUGUCCUGUAGUAAUACUAAUAAUAAUAAUAAUACAAACAAACAAAAAAAACCUUGUUUUCGGGUAAUUGGAUAAUACCUUAAAAACGGACGCUGUCUUUGCGCAACGGAAAAAACACAAAAACAAAACAAACAGCGAAAUUAUGACUGGGAACAUCUGAAACGUGAUGCUCUAUGGAUUUCUGCCCGUAAGAUGAGCGCGUUUGCUCAACAACAAGAUGUUGCCACUCCUCAGAGCAUCAUUUUGGCCAGCAAACUCGAGCGGCCACACGUAUUCAGGCAAUUCUCCUCAGUCUCUUGUGUUAAAUGUUACUAUCUUGUGUGAUGUGAGCAUGUUUGAGGCGACGCCCAACGCAAACAGCUCCCCUGUUUCUUUGCAGAUCUCUGAAUUGAGUCGAGACAACACUGUGAGGACACAGGGGGCGUCAGAUUUUGCUGACCUUAGCAUCUUUGGACCGUUUCAAUGGGAAGCUCUUUGCAAAUAACGCCUUAAGGGAGUCCCCUUCGCUUGGCCUCCGUUCAUUUCUUUGAGACACGCUGCUGUAUGUUUCCCGUUUGUCCUGAAGGCGCAUACGGCCGGAUAUAUUCGCGUCCGGCGCGGCAGAUCUGGCGCAGCGGUUGGGAGGAAGACCGGGAUCAUUGCAGUACCUGUAAUGAAUGGCUGCUGAAAGACACCACUGACCCUGGCAACGAGACGAAUUAUUAGUCCUGCCGGUGUCAUGUAAACAUAAUCAUUUGGCAAAUGAUUUCUCUGGCGCUUUGGGGACUCUUGAUGCUUGCAGUGUUUACAAGAGGGAGGUGUUAAGGAGUGAAAGGAAGCCCCCAAAUUUCUUCCCCACAAACUUUUAGAGGCAACACCAUUGCAUCCUGACCCCAAACUGCAGGUUGCAUUCGUUCACAGCAUGACUGUUGCCACAGGCGACCCAGUUGAUGAAGCCGCAGCUCUCCCGGGUCAGCCACAGGACACGUAUGACCCGGAACCAGACCAUGAGUGCUGCGAAAGGGUGGUCAUUAACAUCUCUGGCCUGCGCUUUGAGACGCAGCUCAAAACUCUGUCUCAGUUCCCCGAGACAUUGCUCGGGGACCCCAAAAAGAGAAUGCGCUACUUUGACCCUCUGAGGAACGAGUACUUUUUCGACAGGAACCGCCCAAGUUUUGACGCCAUUCUCUAUUACUACCAGUCAGGCGGCAGGCUGCGGAGGCCUGUUAAUGUGACAUUGGAUAUUUUUUCUGAGGAGAUACGUUUUUAUGAGCUCGGGGAAGAAGCCAUCGAGAUGUUCAGGGAGGAUGAAGGAUUUAUUAAGGAAGAGGAGAAACUCCUGCCAGAAAAUGAGUUUCAGAGGCAGGUGUGGCUGCUCUUUGAGUACCCUGAAAGUUCAGGGCCUGCCCGGAUUAUUGCCAUCAUUUCCGUCAUGGUCAUCCUCAUAUCUAUAGUCAGUUUUUGCCUGGAGACACUUCCGGUUUUUCGCAGUGAGGACCUGGACCCUCACAAAAUUUCCACGAGCUCCAACUCAACAAAUAGCUACACCUCCACCUACUUUACUGACCCCUUCUUCAUCCUGGAGACCCUUUGCAUCAUAUGGUUCUCCUUCGAGUUCCUGGUGCGUUUCUUUGCGUGUCCCAGCAAAGCAGGCUUCUUUGUUAAUAUAAUGAACAUCAUUGAUAUCGUGGCUAUAAUACCUUACUUUAUCACCUUGGGCACAGAGCUAGCAGAGAAGCCAGAGGAUGGUCAGCAAGGGCAGCAAGCUAUGUCGCUUGCCAUUUUGAGGGUCAUCAGAUUAGUACGAGUCUUCAGGAUCUUCAAACUGUCCCGGCACUCGAAAGGGCUGCAAAUUCUUGGGCAAACACUCAAGGCCAGCAUGAGGGAGCUUGGGCUGCUUAUCUUCUUUCUCUUCAUCGGAGUCAUCCUCUUUUCGAGUGCUGUCUACUUCGCCGAGGCGGACGAGGCUGACUCGCAGUUUGUUAGCAUCCCCGAUGCCUUCUGGUGGGCCGUGGUCACAAUGACGACAGUAGGGUACGGUGACAUGGUUCCAACGACCAUCGGAGGCAAGAUUGUGGGAUCCCUGUGCGCUAUCGCUGGUGUGCUGACCAUUGCCUUGCCCGUGCCCGUCAUAGUCUCCAACUUCAACUACUUCUACCAUCGAGAGACGGAGGGUGAGGAACAGGCCCAGUACCUUAACGUGACCAGCGUCCCCAAGAUAGACUCCUCGGAGGACCUCAAAAAGAGCCGCAGCGGGUCAACCAUGAGCAAGUCUGACUACAUGGAAAUUCAAGAAGCUGUGAACAACAGCAACGAGGACUUCCGAGAGGAGAACAUCAAGACCGGGAACUGCACCCUAACCAACACUAACUAUGUUAACAUCACCAAAAUGCUUACAGAUGUAUAACCGCUUUGAACUGCCUUGACGUAGAAGGUGAGAUAAAGUAGGGGAGUACAAACCCCCCGGUUUUAAAGGCUUCAGACGCCUCGUGCAAGAGUUUGAAGAUGGGAGAACUGAAAUGCGUCCAUUUGAGCGAAGGAUCAGUAAAGAAGACCUCUCCAUCAUUCCAUCCCCAUUCCCUGUCGCAAGUUCUGGAAAACUUGAUCGGUGGGGGACGUUGUUUUGCAUCCUCGUGUUCAGUGUCUGCAUGGAGUUUGUCUUUUCUGUGUGACUGUUCUAGUAGUCGUUCUGCUUGCAACAGUAGCCAAAUCGUAGCCUAACCAAUAGAUGCAAGCGUAGCAUAGAGGGACCAAUUCCUGACUCCCAUUCGCCCAUUCACUGCCAACCUGAGGACCCCUUGAGUGUAUUUGUACCUGGGAAGAACAGCAAUUUUGUCACUCCAAAUUGAUUAGUGGCUUUAAAACAUGGAGGAGUUAAUGUAUAUUCGUGAAGAAUCACCAUGGAGGAUGUGUUUCUCUUUCUCUGUGAAUGCACAAACGCUGCCUGUCCUGCCAGCCGCAACAGCGUACCACGUGCGGUACCUAAACAUGUUACAUUCCAUCUUGUGACGGAGAAAUACAUGCAUGACCAAUCUCGGGGGCCUUGAAAGCCGGUUAAACCUGCCCCUUUUCUCUAUCUCUAUGACCAUUUUUCCCUCUUUUGCUGCCUAGGAUCUCAGUGUGUCCCAUGUUAGAGUAAUCAGACCUGAAAGUGGAGCGGAGAUUGUUUUGCUCAUUUUUCCAUCGUCGUCAUUCCACUAUACUGCAUGAGCAGCUGCCCUCCAUUGCAUCGUUUCCUCAUGUCACUUACUAUUCCCAGCAUUGUAAACUUCCAAGCAUUCCAUGUGUAUGAGAAAUGUCUUUUGUAACAACGAUCUACCCCUACAAGCGCCUGAUGGGGGGCUGCAGGAGUGUAGAUAUUUUACUGUGACAUUGCAGCCAACAACAGCAAAACUCACUCAAGUCAGGUCACCAAAGAUGAAGUUCACUGCCGUUAUUUAUUGCAUUUUUAUGUUCUUUUUACAUUUUAGUGCCAUUUCAUGGUGCAUCCUGCUCAUAAUAUGAUGCUGGAUAAUUUGGAUAAAACUUGUAUGAAAAUUAUGCUUCCUUGAAUAGCUUUUGUAAGAGAUAGGAAAUAUUCUACUACUUUUGUGGUGCAUGUCUGGUACACAUUCCUUGUAGCAUGCAUGUAGUAAGAAUGAUGCUUACAAAACUAGAAAUAAGUAUUCAUAUCUUUAUCAAUAUAAAUAUUUUCUCUGUGAGACUAACGGUAUGUGCAAUAUUAUAAAUGCUUGUUUUUGUUUUAAGGCUGCAAGAUUUUGCAAAUAGUUUUCUAUGUUAGUAGGCUAAUACAUUAGAUAUAGUGUAAUAGCCCACUUUCAGGGUCGAAUACAUCAAGAUUGUUCAUUUCUUAGUUUGGAGGGAGAGUGAGAUGCACCAAUUAAAACAAGCAUUUCAAAGCCCACAUUUGGAUAUGGGGGAGAUCUAAGUCUGCAAAAUCUCAAUUCCUGAUUUAAUAACAAGGGAUUCUCAUGAUUUUGUGGUACAUUUGACACGUCUACUCUGUAGCUUAUCCUCAUAACUAAAGAUGGUUUCUCUAGCAUUGUCUGUUGCAUUGAUGUUAAAGACCUCAUGAAAUCAAAAUGGACUUUUGUCGCUUUUAAUCCAGUUCGUUUUGAGGCCAUUGAAAUGCUAGCGUUCUUUAUUUUUUAAAGUAUAUUAAGAAAUAAGUAUAAUUAAAAUUUUCAGCCUUUCUGAGAAAAUGAAGGGAAAUACUUAUUAUAUCAUCUAUUUAGGGGCAUUUAUUUAUUUAUUUAAAUUUGGCUUAUUCAGUGCUCCCAAGAAUGAGAAAGUCUCCUUUCUCUAGUGCCAACUAGUUUUGGCUGGUUAGUCCCCAGUUAGCCCCUGCUGGUAGAUAAUGUAACUACACCAGUAUGCUCAUGCAAAGGUAUAUACAGUAUCUCUUUUAAAAUGUAGCCAUGUGUACUUAUGAAAUCAUAUUUUUUUUAAGCAACAAACAUUUUAUUGUUUUUUACACUUGCAACUGAUUUUAUUUAUUUAUUUAUUUAUUUAAUAUGUAUUUAUUUUUGAGAGCUCUCCAAUCUUUAGUCAUGGCAUUGUUUUUUGUAAAAACCAUUUCAUGGGGUCUUUAAAGUGGGAAGUAAUAGCAGAAAACCUUUUGUUUUGAAAUCCAAGUGGUUCAGGACCUAUGCAAUUUAUAGUUAAGAUGUAAAAAAAGCUCUGGUAACUAAACAUUACAUAAUACCCAAUCACCCCAGUUUAAACACGCUGAACUGCCCAAGGUUUUUCUCAGAAUUAGAUUCACUCCACUACCAAAAUACUUGGCAGAUCUCCCUGCCGCUAUGUUUGCUGUUAUGCUGGCCGAAUGAGAUGUAGGCCUCCAGCCUCGGAGGCUACGCAAAUUCUCUCCGUAAACUUUGAAAGCCUCUCAGUGAGGCAGUACUGCCAUAUCCAGGAGCGUGGUGCGCCAUUCACUCCACCCUUUCCAAAUGCAAGACUUCCUAACCUAAUAACACUUUUACUUCCCCUGCCCAGAGCUUCAAUGAGUGAGGGUUGGGGUUUGAACCUAUGCUAAGCCAUGCUACCUGCUUUCACCAGUUUUAAGGACAUGUUUCUAGAAAGCAGAGGUUGCUUAAGAAGGGUCUCAGAGACUUGGAAAAGUGAGGGACAUAUUGCAGCCAUUACUUUUAUGUUUAGCCUUAAUGGACAGGACACUGAAAAGACAAGAACUUGUGUCAAGAAUGUGAUAAGCCAAACUGUUCACAACCUAUUUUACUUGUAUAAUGUGACAUAUUUCUCAGCAAAAUACGAUAUUUGAUGGGAAAAAAUGUUUGGAGUUGAAUUGAUUAGAGUAUGAAAAGGACACAAGUAAGGGAUUUGUGAGGUAAAAACAAAUUGUGUUGACUUAUUUGUCGUAGUUUAAGGCAUUUAUUCAUACAUCAAAUUAUUUUGCAUCCAUUCCCUCAUCGUUUUCUCAAAGAAAAGCAUAGUUUAGAACCACAGUGGAUUUUUUCUUCCUCCUCUCAUAUUUACCGAUUCCAUCGCAUCCUGUUUUAAUGACUGUAUAUCCUACAUAAACAUUCGCCCCUCUGAGGAUGCUUGUCAAUCGCCUCAGGAAAACAGACUGUCUCUAUGUUUUUUCUUUUUCGCGUGCGUUGUCGAAUGCAUGCAGAAGCCCUUUUAUAUUGGAUGUCCAUGCAAAGGAUGGUAUGCAGUAAUUGGACAAGCCCUUUUACACUGCCAGGGCUACAAAUCGCCUUCGAGAUGAAGGAAUUCUUAAUAAGAUGUCGUAAGCGUUUAAUAGCGAAAUACGCCGAACUGAUGCUCUCAAAGUAUCGUAUUUAAUAGCGUCUCCAUAGCUGCCUCGUUCUGUCUGAAAUUGUCGAUAUAUUGUUUUGAAAUAUAUUCACUACGACAGUCAGUCUGUACAUUUGUAAUACUCUAGAGAUUUUGAAUACUUUUAACGCCUAUGUACGAACACAGCUUUGUGACGAUACUUUCGAAGAAUCCGCUGCUUUCAUUGUUGUCUUAACACAAAAGCUAUAGCUUUAUAAAACACCUCCGCCAUGUAACGCAGUUUCUUAAUAGUCGACAAAUUCACAGCUGCAAUUAUAUCCUUUAAACCUUAUCCAAAUCUAGAUGUAUUGUAGUAUUAGUAUACUUCAUAUACGUUAAGCACAAACACUGAGAAAAAAAGAAUCUGUAAUUAUCAUAGAAGCUUUGCCUAUUGAUUAUUGCGGUAUAUAAAUGUGUCAGCAAUCAAACCACGCCUUUAUAUCUAAUCAAUAUUCGACUGAAUGUCAUCACAGGCUUUACUGUUCACACUCAGGCAUGAUUUAUGGAUUAAAAAAGCCCUCAUUUGCUAUAAACAUGUACAUGCAAUAUGGAAAUGCAGUGUAUAUAUACAGAUAAGGAUGGGUCGACGAAUGAACAAACAGAUAGAUGAACAGACCAAGAUUGAGAGGAAAGAUGAGCAGAUGUGAUUCAGAAACAGAUCAUAACAGAGGUGUUUUGGGAUUGAUGGAGGUGGGAGCUCUGAGCUCGCGUCUCAUCUUGUUUUGAAGUGAAAGGCCUUGUUCACACUGCACAUUAAUCUGGUUUGUUUUCCAAAUCCAGUUGUUUUGGACUGACUGUCUGCGCUGCAGUGUUUAAAGUGACUGGAUCUGUUUGUUAAGGCACUGUAGCCAGUAUCUUGUAAAGUGUAUCUAUAUUGCUCUCUAUGGUAAUGACUUUAGCAUUGACAUGAUGCUAAGCUGCUUUCUUUUAUAAUGGUGUAUUUUAUUCAUCCAAUGCAUUCAUUUACUAUGUAAUAACAUAGUUAACUACAUGGAGAAAAAAAAAAAAAUGGGUGAAUGUUGUCUGUGACAUUAUACACACGAUGCACCCUGAAUUAUGAAAAAACGUUGAAAUCCAAUCUGACUGUUCAUAGCCUUGUGAAAAAGAAGUGUGCUUAAUUGUAUUAAAUGUGUACUUCAAAACUAAAAAGUAUAUUUUUACACAUCUACACUUGCAGAAAUGAUAUCUGCGCUUAUGUUAAUAUCUGAUCCGCAGAAGAGAUUAAUAUUAUUAAUGUCUGCAAACAAGAUAAAUGAAAUAAAAGACCACUUAAGUGUACUUAAAGAAAGUAUACUAUCAUUACUGUGUUCCUUAACACACUUAAAUAGUUUUAAGAAGUGCACUUUGUAAUAAUGUCAAAUGAAAAUGUUACAGUUGUUUAAAUACUUGUUUUUAAUACUCAUUUGUCAUGCUUUAAAGUGCAAUGUGUUGUCUAACAUACACAUGUAAAGUAUGUGAUUAUAAUUUGAACUGUAGUAUGUUAUUUAAUAUUUAUUUAAAAUGAAUAUAUGUUAAAUGUAAUCAAUUGCAACUUUAUCAUUAGAAAUGUGUUAAUACAAAUCUAUUUAAAAGUUUUAGUGGAAAUGACUUUACAGUAUAUGUAUAUAUAUAUAUAUAUAUAUAUAUAUAUAUAUAUGUAUAUUAGUUUACCGUGAAUGUGUGCCAGUAUAUUCAGCAGUACGCUUUAACCAUACUUUAAAGACAACAGAUUUGGUGAAAAGAAAAAAAAGUUACAGUUCAAUUAAUUGCAUUUAAUAAUACUUUAAACUAUAAAGCAUUUUCAUUUAAUUGAAAAUAACAAGCAAUUAAGUGUCUGAAAAACAUUCAGUUUGCACAGUAGGACUUAUGGAAAUAAUACAUAUUUCCAGUAAUACAUAUAUAUAUAUAUAUAUAUAUAUAUACUCAAGUAUGUAUUACUGGAAUUAUUUUUCUUAUUUCCAUAAGUCCUACUCUCUUAAAAAAUUAUGCUAAAGUGUACUUAUAUUUAUUGAGACAUGGUUAUCGAAACAUGUUUCCAAAAAUCAGAUUUUAAUCAACCAACUUAUAUUUCAGACGACCUUUGAAUGUGUUUUGGAUCUAUUUUGAUCUAUUACAUGCUGAAAAUUUGAAUUUUUGCUGCCUGUGUGAACAAGGCCUUAUGAAACUACGAAUGGCAAACCUUUGACUGCUUGGAAAAGCACGUGAUGUUUCUGUGUAGCAGCACACCUCUCUCCACCGUCUGUGGAGAUACUCUUGAUGUCAACGGGUUGACGGAGAAUGGACUGCGCACAUCAGCGGAUGAGCUGAGAUAUUAGGUGUUGGUCUGCAUGUGUCUAUGUGUAUAUGUGACAUUGUCCCCACAUUAUCAUCCAGGAGGCCUGCUCUUUCAUUUCUUGUACAGACCUUUUGUUUUCUAGGGUAAAGACAAAACAACUUUAAAAACUGAGCACAAUAAUAUAACAAAGAGAAGAACCAAGAGAUGGAGGACUCAAUACAUUCUCUGGAUGUGAUAAAUGUCAUGCACUUUACAAGGACCACUGGACGCUAACGCUAAACCUAAAAGACAAUCUUGGAAAGAGAACAAGAGAUGCAUCUUUUCCUUCCAAAAGAUUAUAACUGUAAAGAGAUCUAUCAUUAAUGAUUAUGAGGAUGAGUAUAUUAUAAAUCAU